CUAGUUAUUAUACUGUGAAAGGUCAAGGUCGUAGCACUAUAUAGUAUAUUUCAAUUUUUAAAUAGAAAUAACAGCAGGAAACUUUAAUUUCGAGAAAGUAUAUAAACAUCAUUAUUAAUAGUAUUUCUUUCCUUCAGGAUGAACAAACUAAAAGUAGAAUUAGCAAUUACGUUUGCUUUAAGCGUGUUUUAUGGCGUUUUGUUUCUGUUCAGAAGUAUGUACGAAAUGUUUCGUACUGGUAAAAAGCUUUUCAAGGUCAACAAGCGAAAAGAACCACCAAGAUGCCUACGAGACCCAUCUCUGGGGAAACAUGUAUAUGUAGAGUUGAAGGAAGUGAAACUUCAUUAUGUUACAAAUGGAAAUUCACAGAAUCCUCUGAUGGUAUUGAUUCAUGGUUUUCCAGAUUUUUGGUUCAGCUGGAGAAACCAGCUGAAAGAAUUUUGUAAAGAUUACUGGGUGGUUGCUAUAGACAUGCGUGGUUAUGGAGAAUCAGAAAAACCUGAGGGAAUCAGAGCUUACCAAGUGAGUAAAAUUGAAGAUGACAUAAAACAGCUACUAAAUGCAUUAGGAAGAAAAAGUGGUGUAAUUGUAGGUCAUGAUUGGGGUGGAUGCGUGGCUUGGUCCUUGGCUGCACAUUACCCAGAAAUAGUUGAACAGUUGAUCAUUAUGAAUGCUCCACACCCUCGCAACUUUGAAGAAACUCUUCAUAGUAACUUACAUCAGUUUUUCAAAUCCUGGUACAUUUUCUUUUUCCAACUGCCAUUGGUACCAGAACUUGAUUUUUGUGCUAAAGAUUUGGCAGUAUUUGAUAAGGAAUUUUGUUCCGAUGGAAGAAGCAUUUGUAGUGAGGAGGAGAUUGAAGCUUAUAAGUAUUAUUUCAGUCAACCAGGAGCAUUUACUCCACCAAUAAACUUUUACCGUGCUGCAAUUGGCUGGCUGAGAAAGGACCUUCAAGAAGAGUAUGAUGGUUUCAGAAUCAAAGCGCCAACUUUGGUCAUCUGGGGAGAAAAAGACAAAUACUUGGUCCCUGAACUAGCUACAGGGUGUGCUCGUUACACUGAUAACUACACUCUCAGAAUCAUAGAGAAUGCUUCUCACUGGGUUCACCUGGAUCAUGCAGAAGAGGUCAAUAAACAUAUGUGGAGUUUUCUCAAGAAACAAAGAAAAUGACUUAAGUCAUGUUCAGAUUUCAUGUUCUUAAAUAAACAUAGGACUAACCUGAUGUUAUCUUAAAUGUAUUAACAAAAGCUGGAUUUUUUUUUUUAUCUUAAAGCCUGAGAGAACUUAAGGUUCUUUAAUAUGACAAUUUUUGGAGGCUGGUUGAGCCAAGUUUUAUAAAAGUAACUUUAGAUUAUGGAACUUGAUGGUUUGUUGAUUUCUGAAUUGAAGUGAUUCUCUCAAGCAGAAUGAAAUGCAACUUUUAACAAGAAGAGAGGACUAUCAAAACAGAUAGGAUUUUGUUUCUUGGCAAAACCAAAAUUUCUGAAGCUUUAUAACACUUUCAUUGCUAACUUGAGGCUUUCUUAAAUCUUAAUAAGCUUAGAUUUCUCUAAUAAAAUAAAACACAAAGGUAUGGUAGAGCAUCUGUCUCCCAACUAAAAAGUGUUUUCUAUUUAUUGGUAUGAUUUUAGUUUCCCAAUAAAAAUGUUUCUUCCUUAAGCCUGGUAGAACAUAUAUUUCAUAUUGGUGUUUGAGCUUCUGUCGAUACACAGAUUGACAGGACUUCCCUGUUAUCAGUAUCUGCUUUGGUCUGUUGAUACACCUGUGUGGAGAUCAAAUUCACUGUUGCAUUAGGUAAGUUUCAUCUCCACAAAUGUGUAUCAUUAAACCAAAGUCUGUACUGAUUAUAUAAAAAAA